CUGCCGCGGCUGCAGGCGCUAGCUCGUUUGGGCAGCAAGGUGCGGGUCACCAGCGCGGUGCGGCCGCCCGCUGCCCCUGAGGCCCCCGGCUCCGCGUUGUUGCAGCUGAUGGCGGCUGCGGAGGCGGCGCGCGGGGCACUCGCCGAUGUACCAGAGCCGUCCUCCCCGCCGCGUGCGCAGGUUAAGCCGAUGCAGCUUAUCAGUGCGGCGCCGCCUGAAGCUGCUCCAAGGCCUGCUGCGGCGCCCCAACCGGCGGCCUUCAACUUCGGGACUCUGGGGAGCGCCGUGGCGGGUCAAGCGCCGCCCACACCCUCCC